AUGGGUGUUGACCAAGCACCGCCUAACACUCACAAGCAUCAGAAAAGGUAUGGUUCCGGUGGUACGUACUGGUAUUCCCAAAUCAAGCGGCAGGGAAAGGUCGCAUACGGCAACUCGUCGUUUGUCAUAUGGCGGAAUGUGAUGGACUAUGGUGCAAAAGGAGAUGGAGUCACAGACGACACGUCUGCGCUCAACAACGCCACGACAGACGGCAAUCGCUGCGGCCUUGGCUGCGACAGCUCGACGAUUACGCCAGCGAUUGUAUACUUCCCGCCAGGCACAUACCUGAUCAGCAAAUCCAUCAUACAGUACUACUACACCCAAUUUGUUGGCGAUGCAAACAAUUUGCCGGUCAUACUGGCCGCUCCGAAUUUUUACGGCCUUGGCUUGUUUGAUAGCGAUGUGUACCUCCCGUACGGCUUUAGUUGGUGGACCAACCAGAAUAAUUUCUUCCGGCACAUUCGCAACUUCGUACUUGACAUCACGCAAACGGAUCCCAGCAAAGGCGUCCACUGCCUGCAUUGGCAAGUUGCGCAAGCGACCAGCCUCCAGAACAUCGUCUUCAACAUGGUUGAAGGCUACCUAGGAGACAACAACCAACAGGUCGGCAUCUUCAUGGACAAUGGUUCGGCUAAUUUCUUCGAGGACCUUAUCUUUAAUGGCGGCUGGGUCGGCUUCUUCAGCGGCAACCAGCAAUUUACAGUGCGAAACUUGACCUUCAACCGUUGCGAGACCGGCAUCUUCCAGAACUGGGACUGGGUGUUCUUGUACAAGAGUAUAACUUUCAAUGACUGCGGUGUUGCAUUGGACAUGACACAAGGAGGCGAGAUUCCAGCGACUGGCUCUGUGAUUCUUCAGGACUCGCAGGUCAUCAACUGCCAGUAUGGCGUUCUCUCAACCUUCAGCUCCACCAGCAUCCCAGCCUCUGCCGGCACGCUUGUGUUGGACAACGUCAACUUCGUCAACACGGACCCUGCCGUACAGUAUCCGAAUGGAACAAUCAUCCUUCCUGGCAACACGAUAGUUCAAAGCUUCGUGCAAGGUUCGGCGUACACGGCCUACGAGCAAGGUGAGCAGAUCCAGAAUUUGACAUGCUGGGAGCCAACAGCAAACUACAGCCGCAUUCAGCAGCUCAUCACACCACCACCAAAAAGCGCAAGCUUAAUGGAUCCGACGGGAGUGAUCUACGAAAGAAGCCGACCUCAGUACGAAGGCGUCCCUGUGGAAAGCUUCAAGUCUAUUAUCACAGAUGGCAAAUGCCACGGUGAUGGUCUGACGGACGACACUGCGUGCGUGCAGAAGUUCUUCAACAGCAUCCUGGACGGUCAGAUCGCGUACAUUGACCACGGAGCCUACCUUAUCCGUAACACCAUUAACGUACCGAUCAAUAUCAAGAUGAUUGGCGAGAUAUGGCCCUUGUUCAUGAUUGAUGGCACGGCGAAGAUCUUCAAGAACCAGAGCAAUCCCCAGCCUGCUUUCCGCGUCGGUAACCCGGGCGACGUGGGGACAGUAGAGAUGACAGAGAUCAUCUUCGAGACUCGUGGGCCAGCUCCCGGCGCUGUCCUGAUGGAAUGGAAUCUCGCCGGCACCGAACCCAUGGCGACUGGCAUGUGGGACGUGCACUGGCGUAUUGGUGGAACAGCGGGCACUCUGCUGCAGUCGGAUCGGUGCACGAAGAACCCUUUGCACGCUCACGGAGCUAACGCCACAUGCUGGGGUGCAUUCUUGCUGGUUCACCUGACGAGCACGGCUUCGUUGGUGAUGUCGAACAAUUGGGGCUGGGUUGCCGAUCACGAGCUUGACCGCCCUGACCACAACCAAGUCGACAUCUAUAACGGGAGAGGCAUUCUCGUCGAAAGUCAAGGUCCUGUGUGGAUCUACGGAAGCUCGUUCGAACAUAGCAUGCUUUACAACUAUCAGAUUGCGAACGCACAGCAGGUCUACAUGGGUGCGAUUCAAAGCGAGACAAUGUACUCCCAAGACAACCCCAACGCCCUAAGCUCGUUCCACGUGAACGAUACAUGGUCCGACCCCACCUUCUCCGAAUGCUUCAUCGCCACCUGCUACAAGACUUACGGCUUGCGUAUCUUCAAUAGCACCUAUAUCUUCGUAUACGGCACCGGUCUCUACUCCUUCUUCAACGACUAUGACCAGGGCUGCCUUCUCACGGAGAAUUGUCAGCAGUAUAUGAUCAGUCUGGAGCAGAGCGAGGGUGUGUAUUUGUAUGCGGCGAGCACGAAGGCGGCAGACAGCAUGAUUGAGGUUGAUCAGGUGGCGUUGGUGCCUGCGCAGGGGAAUUUGAAUGGGUUCUGUCAGACGGUGGGGGUGUUUGAGUAUCCUUAG